AACUAUGGUGGUUGCAGUCAAACAUGCGGAGGUGGUAUUCAGACGCGAAAACGAAACUGCCAGUUUUAUUGCCACUCGAAUUAUUAUUGGAAUUGCAACGGCCGAAUAAUAGAUUCAAGCGUAACAGACUCAACGACACAACCAUGUAAUCAGUACUGUUUGAACGGUGGUGACUUUAUUAACGAUGUUUGCCAGUGUAAAUCCGGUAUCAAAGGAACAUGUUGUGAAGUUGCCCCUGUGUGUAGCUCCCCUUGCCAAAACGGAGGGAAAUGUAUUCUCGAUGAAACGUGCCAGUGUAAGACAGGAUUCUAUGGCAAACAUUGUGAGCUAGGUCAACAAUUUGCUGAACAAAUGAAGCCACAACUGCACACGUACAUUCCCCUAGAUGAGACCUUUCAGCUUCUGUCGUGGUAUGAUGUGCCGGCAUUUUCAGAACAAAACCGGGCCUGCUUUAUUAAGAUAAAAACGGCGAAUGCUCCCGAGGACACAAUUAUCACUGCUAAGUCGAUUUCAACUGUUGACGUCAGUUCGCCACUUGGAAAUUAUUCAAUGGCCCCAAUAGACGCGCAUGGUUUUCUAAAUGGGACCAGCAGGUUCGCCUGUCUUCAGGUCAGAUGUCCUGGAUUUCUAACCACAGGAGCAGCGUUUGAUAUAGUGGUCAAUAUCACAAUGGAAACAACGUCCGGGCAUUGCCUAGCAAGAAGUCAGUCGGCUCUACUGAGAUCUGGAAACAUCAUCUCGCGCUCGGCCGGAGGAGACAGCUUUCGAUUCACCCUAGAAAACGGUGAUAACUACGGUCCCAAGUAUGGGGUGUAUAUUGGCACUGGGUUCCGUGACCGCGCUGUGUACCAAGCCCAGCAUUCCUGCUACAGUGGAAGUCACUUUGACCACGAGGCGAUGGUGGCAGAAAAUGGGGCAAUUGCUUCAUAUCAAUGCUGACGAUGUCUAUGUGAUUUUGCGUAUUGUUACAUCAAUACAUUUUUGCGUAAUAACAAAACGCGUUUAUUUGGACAAUCUCUAUAAGAAUGUAUGAUAACGAUCUGUUGAGUGGUUAAAGUUUUAGUGUACUAAUAUAUGGUUCACGUUUUGCACCAAAUACUAUUGGUUUAUGAUUUAUGUUGAUUUUAUGCAUUUGUUUCUUCAUGUAAAUAAUUAUAUAGUAUUUUUUUUAUUUGAAUCAUGUUUGGUGCUGUUUAUAUAAAUGCAUUCAAUAACCUUCUUCAUUUGAAAUUCUAAAUUGAGAAAUUAUCAAAUCUCUUUAUGAAUGCAUUAAGAGAUUAAAAAAUAUACCUUUUUUACAAAUGCAUUUAGCGAUUGACACAUAUACCAUUUUAUUUGUUUACCUGUCUUGCUAAAAUGUUUGAGUAAAUGACACACUGGCUGGUAUUUUAUUUAAGUACGAUGGGAACUUAUAGAUCUAUAAAUUAACACGAAGGUUAUAUAUGCAAAAUUGCAAGAGACUUUGUUAAUAUUCCAAAAUGAACCGUGAGUUGUUGAUGCAUCCAAUGGAAUAAAUUUCAAAUCGCU